AAAUGUCACGUUCAUUUGACAACCGUCUGGCUGGCAGAGGCACGAUUCAGUUGCUGCUGAUGAUGUUGAUGGCUCUCAAUGUGGCAGAUGCAGUACCUCAUCCACCGCCAACAGCGGCAGCAGCACCCGCCAACAAUCCACCAACGGCCGCCUACGAUAAUAAAUUUGAUAACGUCGAUUUGGAUGAGAUAUUGCAACAAGAACGCUUGCUCAAUAACUAUAUCAAGUGCUUGGAAAGCACUGGACCCUGUACACCCGAUGCCAAAAUGCUAAAAGAAAUUUUGCCGGAUGCCAUAUUAACCGAUUGCAUGAAAUGCACUGAGAAACAAAAAUACGGUUCGGAAAAGGUCACUAGACAUCUGAUCGAUAACCGUGCCAAGGAUUGGGAACGUUUGGAGAAAAUCUAUGAUCCAGAGGGUUCGUAUCGCAUCAAAUAUCAAGAGUCCAAGAACAAGGAUAAUGAUAAGGAUGAAAAGGUUGUUGUCAAUGCCAUGGAGAAGGCUCAAGGUGAUGCCUAAGCAUAUCAAUUAUGAUGUAAAGGCACUUGCUGUCAUUUACAUGAAUAUAUGUAUGUAGUUCCUUCGUUUCUGUUGCACCUAUUUACACAGUUACAUAAUAUAUAUAUAUUGUAUUUAAAAAACAAA